AUGGGAUUGGGUGGAAGACAAAGCAAGGCUGGGUCGGUGGUCGACCGAGUCGAUCCCACGAGCGGACGGAUGUCACCUGCCAGUUUUAGUGCAGACCUUGUGGCGUGGAUAUCGUACAAGGGUCUGACCGAGAGAACACGUCCACGAGGGAUUUCUAAUCGUUCUAAAUACAAUGAGCUCGACGAUGUCCUGGACAACUGGCUGGGAUU